CCUCCCCCCCCCCCGCCGGCCGCCUCCUCGCCCUCCUCCCUGCCCGCGGGGCGCGGGAGCCGCUGACGGGAGCGAGGCGGAGUCUGGAGGGAAGAUACCGAGAGAUAGAGAUUUAAAUCACAUCCCCGGCUCUACAAGGGCAGCGGCCGCCGCAGCCCCGGCGCAGAGCCACGGACGCACGCAACCGAGAGAGGUGCUGCCGGCUCCGCUGCUCGCCAUGGGUGCCGCUGCCGCCGAGCCCCCCCGCGCCGCCGGCCUCGUGUCCAGCGUGCUGAACGACACCCUCGAGUUCUACCGCUGGACCUGGAGCAUCCGAGACAAGCGUGUUGAUGAUUGGCCCUUGAUGCAGUCUCCAUUUCCAACACUGACUAUAAGCACUAUUUAUCUCCUCACUGUUUGGCUGGGCCCCAAAUGGAUGAAGACAAGAGAGCCCUUCCAGUUACGUUUCCUGUUGGUUGUUUACAACUUUGGAAUGGUUCUACUCAACUUCUUCAUUUUCAAAGAGCUGUUUUUGUCAUCACGAGCUCGAGGAUACAGCUAUGUCUGCCAGACUGUGGAUUAUUCAGAUAAUGUAUAUGAAGUUAGGAUAGCUGCUGCUUUAUGGUGGUAUUAUGUCUCCAAAGGAAUUGAAUACUUGGAUACAGUAUUCUUCAUCCUGAGGAAGAAAUUUAACCAAAUUAGUUUCCUUCAUGUCUAUCACCAUUUCACCAUGUUCACUUUGUGGUGGAUUGGUAUUAAGUGGGUUGCAGGUGGACAAGCUUUUUUUGGAGCUCAGAUGAAUGCAUUUAUUCAUGUCAUUAUGUACAUGUAUUACGGAUUAGCUGCCUGUGGCCCUAAAUUUCAGAAAUACCUGUGGUGGAAACGAUACUUGACCAUAUUGCAAUUGGUGCAGUUCCAUGUGACUAUUGGCCACACAGCCUUGUCUAUUUAUAUUGAUUGUCCUUUCCCUAAAUGGAUGCACUGGGGUGUAAUUUUCUAUGCUGUCACCUUCAUUUUCCUGUUUGGUAACUUCUACUAUCGGACAUAUAAGCUGCCCAAGGAACCUGUAAAGAAUGGCAAAAUAGCAAAUGGUGCUGUUGCAAAUGGAGUAAGCAAAGCGGAAAAUAAUCCAGUGGUGGAAAAUGGAAAAAAGCAGAAAAAGGGAAAAGCAAAAGGAGAGUAACUCGAUCCAGGCCUUAACCGUUGUUGGCAGUGAGGAACCUACUGUUUGGUUUAUAAAAGGAAGAAAAAAACACUAUCUGUACCAAUUAACCUUAGGUUACUGAAGAGCUAGAACACAGAUAUUUUCAUUAUUUAUGAAGAUUGUUUUAAGAACAAAAAGUUGAAUUUCUAUUGUAAUUAUGUAAUUAUCACACACAUGGUCUCUGUGUAAACUUGUAGACUGCUGGUGUUGGUGAAAGUAAGGAAGAAUUGCAGUUGAUUCCAUGUUUAGCAGUCCAAAAGUCAAAACAAUCAUUGACACAACCAGUUUUAUUGGCACCCACGUUUCUUUGGGGGAGGGAGGGAGGGACAGAGGAAGUAGCAUUUGGAUACUUGUGUUUUCUUUCCAGAAAAUUAUUAAAUUUCAAAUUAUGAUGUAUUAUCUAAUCAGAAUGCGCAACUUUUCUUGUCUUCCUUGGAAAGCAUCUUCAGACACAUCAUGUUUAUGUGCUGUCAGAACAGUGUUUGACUUUUCAGACAUUACUUGAUUUAAUUUAGUGUCUGUUACAGUUUUUCGGUUGUUUUUUUUUUUUUUUUUUUUUUUUCCUUGUGUGGAAAUAUACCUACCUCUUCAUCUGCUGGAAAGAAUAUUGAGCAUUAAAUAACUGAUUUCUGAAAUAUGGAGUCCUCUAAUAUACAUAUCUGUUAAUAAGAAUUUAGCAGAAAAAAUAAUUUCCUGUGGGAGUAAAAGGGACUUUUUUUUUCAGGUAUUUUUUGGUCAAAUCAUCAAUAUUCUAAUUUAAUGUAAACUUAAAUAAACUUAAAUUUUGGAGUGGUAUUUUUAGUAUGGCUAAGUGAAGAUGACAUUUUAAGAUUUUAUAAGUAUGAAACAAUACGUUGUGUGAAGCAAGCAAUUACCGUAGGCCUGUUGCUUGUUGUCUGUGACCUGCAUUAAACCUGUAGUGCUGAUGCUGAAAAUUGUCAGAUGACAUUAUGGUGGGGAGAAAACAACGUGUAAUUCUGUUUAGAAGUGCAGUGUGUAUGGGUAGUCAUACUGACGGGACAGUCACUUUACUGGGGGAGAGAGAAUUUAGUAAUACAGUAUAAAAUACAGCAAACAAAAUGCUGAAAAUGCUGCUACUACUUGAUGCCCAUCAAUACCCUAUUUGUUUAGACACUUGCAGGCAAAGUAUUGCUAAUAGGCCACCAUUUUAAUGUGAAUAUCAGAGAUGAGCUGCUGAAACUCUAGUCCCAAAAUAUUCUUGGCUCUUCUCAACCUAAUUGACAAAGCAAUUCUGCUAAUCAUUUUUCAGUCAUAACUGCUACACAAAGUAGAAGUCUCUUUUAGACAGCUUUUCAUCUUACUUGGUACUUUAUUGGGCUAACUCCUUUUGUGAAGAAAAUAUAAAGAGAGUUAUAUGGAAGGGAAAUGUGAUCUUACUAAGAGAAGUUUUUUAGUUGCUGAGGAUGCAAUGAGAAAGAUGGGUUGAAUUAGAAACCAUGUCCUGAGCUCCCAGGGUCCUUGCUCACCACUGUAAGAGCUGUGUUGUUGCUGUGGAAAUGCAUUCUUCCCAGCUCUGGUCAGAAACAUUCACUGCUCGAUGUAAGUUCAUCCUUAGCAAGUGAUACCAUUACUGCAGGAAGAAUGUACGUGGAGCUCUAGGUAUAGAUAUUGAAGUGUGUGGCACAUCUAAGUUUGUGCAUCUCAAAUACCCAUUCACCUGUUGUGACCUGUUUUGCACAUUAUAAACAUCUUUUGUGUCUUGGGUUUGUCUCUUGUCACUGUAAUGGAAACUAUCUAAACCUGAAAAAGCAGGUUGUAGGGAAAAAGGUUGGUUAUGAUCUGUUCUACUGGGAAAUAAUUCCUAAUGUUGGAGUUGAUUCAACUGCAAGAGUGGUUCGUCGGUAAUAUCCAUGAACGUGGAUUUUAUGGCAGAAUAUAAGAUUGUUAGAGAAUGUCUCUGCUGAACUGUAAUGCAUGUGACCAUUAAUUUUCCUAUCUGUUGCGUCUCGUGAUUCUUCCAGCCUUUGUAAUGAUGCUUUUUUUUGCAUUUGUAUAACUCUGUUUGUUUAAUGUGGCAUGGGGAAGAGGGAACACGGUCUAUCCUUCUUUCUUGGACAGAUGCCACUGCAUUUAACCAAGCCAAAAUGUUGGCUGGCUGUGUUACUCUGGAAUGGCUAAAGGAGCAAAUAACUGCAAAGCAAGUUAGACAGCAGAUUUACAGCACACCCGCUACUCCAAGGUAAUGUCUGGUGUGGAGAUUCCUACCCUUUUGUAAAUUCAGGGUAGCUUACCCCACUGUGGUCAAAGGGUAGCUUCUUUCUAUUUGCCAUGGGAUGUGGGCAGCUAACUUGUAAAUCUGUGUCAUUCCUUGUUUUGUGUUUAAAUUGGUUGUUUGCUCUGUCCUUAUUGCUGUAAACCAGAUUGGAUAAACUGAUACUCUUAAUGUGAUCCAGCUCCAAGAGAGCAUACCGAGAAGUAUUCUAGUACGUGUUCAACUAUAUCCUUUGCUACACUUUGUAAAGUAAGAAUUAUAUCUUGCAUGUUGGCAAAUAUUUAAAAUAAUUGGAAGUCAAAUCUUCUCUCCCCCUUAGCGUGCAUGGAAGCUGCUUAAAGUUGAUAAAACUUGAACUUUAUUGGCAGAACUCGAAUAGAAUCCUAUCCCCCAAAUUCUGGGUCACUUGGUACCUUUUUAAAAAAUUAAAAAGAAACAUUAAACAAUGCAUUGUGAGAAUGCAUGCAUAGAUACACGUCAUGUUGUCUGGACAUGUGGAAAAACCCAGCUUGAGAUUAGCAGUUUAAUGGGGGGAAAAAGAAAUCAUGUAUUCAGUUGCUGCAAUGCUGCUCUUUUGAGUCAAUCUUCUGCUAUAUGGCUUUCCUAGGUCUAUUUAUAAUAUAUUGGAUUGUUCAUGACUUGAGUCCCAUUCUAAUCUUGAAUAUAAUGGCCUUACUAAAUGUGCAUUUUUAUAGGCAUGGUCAAGAGUGCAAUACUUCUGUUUAUGACUAUGCAGCUUUUUCUUUUUUCAAAAUUUGAGGUAAUGAUGCAUAUGUGAGAUGCUGCCAGAUUCAUUAAAGUCAUCAUUUAGUCCAAAGCUCUUCAGAAUUUUGCCACAAAAGUAAGAGUGUAUGUGUAAAAAUGUUUUUGCUGUACACAGAAUUGAAAUUUAAAUUAUAUAAAAAAAACAACUAUUUUUUCAGAGUGAUUUUUUUUUUUCUAAAUGCUUCAAAAUUAUUUAAAAGUUCAAUCCAAUCCAUUGGGAACAUUUGGGGUUUUGCUGUUGAAAAAUAGUUAUUUGCUCACAGUUCUGAAGCUCUUGGACCAAUCAUACAAUCAUUUGAUGCCAUAUAAGUGAUACCAUUUCAUUUAGCCUCAUCUCUAGCUGUGGCAGUUGUUGGAGUCUUUUAGCACUUUGCUCAGUGUAAAAUAAAUAAAUUGAAAUUCUGUAUAUAUACACAUACAUGCCCACAUACAUCGUAUGUGUGUUUUUGUGUAUAUAUACACGCACAUAUGGGUUCUUAACAGGCUCUUUUAACAUGUGAGGUAAAUGAUAUUUCCUUGAUGUGAAGUUGGCCGGAGCUAAUAGCGUAGUUCCUACAGCUCAGACAGCCGAACGAAGCCACUUUCAUUGAUCCAUAGAUUCAGUAUCGGUCUUGCACACGUGAAUAGUAUUUGUCAGUCAUUUUAGGCAUAGGAUGAUGGACAAGCCACAGCUACUUCUACCACUGUAGUAAUUAUUUUGAGGUGUCAGGUGUAGAUUCUGAGGGGCUCAACUCAGAGGAGCUGAGGAAUGAUGCUGUGGUCGAGUAGGGAUCAUUUGGGGGAAACAGUGUGACUAAUCUGCUCAGGUAAGUCUUCAAAGUCAUUGCGAUCACAUACUUUAAGAUAACACUUACUUAAAAAUAAAUAAAUAACAGUUUCUCUGUAGGUUCAAAAGCAUGGUCUAUUGGAUUAUUUGAUCAUUACCUACUUCCAGUUCCAGAACAGGACAAAACAAUGAAGGCAAAAUAAAAAUACUGCAAGUUUUUUUUUCAGGUUGACCUUGUUUCUUUAGAGUAAGCAUUUGACAUUCAGAUGCUGGGGAGACAGGUAAGAAAGGAACAAAUAGUUAUUGUGCUGAAAGACCUCAUUCCUAAGUCAACUUCUGAGCACACUUGCUGUCUUUUAAAAUAAAUAAAUAAAUAAAAAUUUGAGUGAAGUUGUUCAUGGUGCAUAAAGUUGAGCCUUGCAUCAUGGUAGCAUGGGUUCGGUCAUAAUGUGUGAAGUAUUUAAAAUCAGAUAAAUCAGAUCUGUUUCAGAUGAAGUUGGAGAGCAGGGUGGUUGGAAAGUAUCUGGAUGGUGUAUUCAUCGUGGCAGCACAGAUUAUGACAAUUGGGUACUUGGAGCAAGUCGCUGCUGGGACAUCUUGCUGUGUUGUGCUCUGAUGAGGUGGCCUCUGCUCAUGUAAGCAGUCAGAGCUCCACAGCAGGCAGUGGGGUGGUUGGUUCCAAUGUACGUGAGUAGAGGAUGUUUAACCCUAAAGAACAGAAAAAAUUUUGCUUUCUGCCAACAUCCCAUGAGGAUGAGGGAAAUGUGUGGGUCAGGAUGCUUCUUUUGCAUAAGGUGUUAAUGCUUUUGUAAACAACAAAAAUAAACAUUACUUUUUUCAUGCUGU